UCUUCCUCAUGUGCACUAUGAUAGGCAUGAACGCGAACAUUCAAGGAAAAGAAUGUCAUGUUUCUUCAUAUGGAAUCUGUUUUUAAGGAAAACACCUACGAACAUAAUUAUCGGAAAGGGUUACAUUAUUGCAGCUAAUCAGGGCAGACAAAUUAAUACUACACCAUAGCGCAGUAUGAGACGUAGAAAUAGCUCAAGAACAACCCUCUUCGCUCCAUGUACAAAUCGUCCACUCCAAAACGUGCAGGCAGCAGAGACCAAAGUGAUGGGCAAAUCUGAUGAUUGUAAUUGCCAUUGUCUGUACCAGAUAUUAGCGGCAGUCGGAUGUCUCUUCCUUGUAUUUGCCAUGGUAUUCGUUUUGAUUCGCUUUCGGAAGCGAAAAAGGAAGCGCGGAGGAAUACUUAGUAGUAGCAUGAGAUACAGCAUGCAGACGAUAUCCCGAGAAAAUAGACUCUAUGGUCACCAGGCAGCAGCUGAACUACCGCCGGAAGAAGAGAGCAUCUCGGGAUGUGAGAUUUACGGACGGCGAGAAGAGAUACUGACAUAUGAACAAAAGAGACGCUUCGGGCUUUUCAACGUCCAUAAGAGUACACAAACACCGCUGGAGACAGCGAUCUAUGGCAACGAGCAGGCAAGAAGGAGCAUUAAUGAUCCAUUCCAAAGAAGAUUUGAAAAAAGACGCAGUGAACUGAUCAACACAGAUUAUGACUACGCGUUAGGUCACCAUGGUGUGGUUCGUUCUAUCAGUUCUCAGACUAAUAAAUAUUCAAGACCUGUCCGUCGGAGCAGACGAUGCAGGUCAUCUCGAAAGUCGAGGACAUCUGAUGGCGCCCCUCCUCCAUGUGGGCGUCAGAGGUUGUCGAGUCCAUGCAGCUCUGUUAGAAUGGAGAGGAUCAGCUACAUAGACCCUGACUCGUGCAAUACCUGCUCAUUUGGUGAAGCUGCUCUCAGUCCGGAAUCUGAACCAACCAGUGAAGCAGACAGCGAUUAUGACGACACGGAAAGUUCCGAUUACGACAGUGACCCGCCGAAAAUUCUCAUCGACAAAAAACUCAUAGAAUAUGUGAGGAAACUCGAGAAAAAACACACGGUUUUCAUUGAAAAGUACAAAACUCCUAAAGGUUCUCACCUUAAGCACUGUUUUAAAUCGGCGUCCAUGGAGGUUCCGCCAGUUGGACCCAGAAGACGCGCCAACACGGGUGUACUGAAACUUCUGGACCGGAACAAGACAAACGUCGGCAAGACCUUCUCCAUACCAGUAAAUAUCGAAACUGUGUCGUGUAGGCCGUGUUCUCACCGUCCGGCACCGACGCCAUGUCUCUCCGAGGAGGACUACCUUAAAAUAUUGUCCUAACCAUCCCAUAUACAUAAUGUUGUGCGCAUGCAGAAAUAUGAAUAUGUUCAUUUCAACAGACGUGAUUUCAUGAGACCAUUUACUUAUGCUACACAUGUACAUGCUUUAUGGAAUGACAGGGAAAAGGUUGCAAGAAAUUGAGAUUUUAAUUACAAUUUAUCCUUGUCUGCAGAAUUGUGUUAUGUGUCUUUAAGCCUCACACAUUCAUUAAUUUGUACCUUGACCUUGUUGUAGGGAGAGGGCUAAAAUAGGCUGAGCCUGCUGCCCAAUCCCAUUCACAUGAACAUCAGUAAAUAAAAUUCUGUUUCAAUUAGAAAGCCUCACACAUUAAAUACACUUGUAAAUAUUUUUUAAACAAUAAACAAAGUUAUGACUUAUGA